GUUCCGAGCAGCAGGCAUGCCAGAUUCAGACAUCAAGACCUCCUCCCCACCCGAAACCACCAAAAAGGAAGCGACAUGACUCACUCACUCGAGCCCAACUCACCUGUCCUAUUCGACUCACACCACGGGCCAUGCGAUGCAAAAGUCCAAUGGCUCAGGCAACGGGAAGAUCAGUUUCUACUCUCCUGGCUACUUCCCAAGCGCCAAGCCGUCUGCGCCGCCCAUCUAUUCGACCACUGGGCGGCGCCCCAAAGAGGCUUUGGAGGUGGACCGACAGCUCCGGGAGGCUCCGAACCUCCAGGCGCUGUGGCGCUUCGUGGCACAGCAUCUGCCGCACUUCGACACAGGAAACCUGGUGGUGGCUUUUACGUCGGCCGCGAAGAUUGAUGAAGGAGCCGCCGAGAACCUUCCGGAGGUCUUCUACGAAGUGGUUGAGCGGCUGCUGAGUUCCAUGGAUUUCUUGGAGCCCAGGGGCUUGUCGAUGCUCGCCUACAGUGCAGCCAAGCUGCUCUACGGCGAUCACAGGCUCCUCUCCCAGCUGAGUGCCUGCAGCUGCCGCUGUUGCCAUCGCUUUGGGGCCACAGAUGUGGCGAAGGCCACGUGGGCCUUUGCCAAGCUGCGUUUCGUGGAAGAAGAGAUGGCACAAGAAUUCUGGCGACAGAUGGUGGAACCAGCAACUGUUGCCCUGCGUGGUGCUCGUUUCGUGGACAUCUCCAUGAUCGCCUGGGCCUUCGCGAGUACGAACAAAGCCACUGACACAUUGAUGGAGGAGGUGGCGCGAGAGACCUUACAGGUGCUGCAUGAGCUUCCACCCAGGAGUUUGGCAGGGAGCCUGGCAGACAUUUUGGUGUAUUUUUGGUAUUUGGUGGUCUUUGAUCACUGGACUAAGAAGACGCAAGCUUCACUGAUGCUCAAACAAACGCUUCACUUCACCUCCGCUGCGUGGUCCUUCACUUCACCGGCCCCGGCACAGACCGUACGGGCCGUGGUCGGCUCGCGUCGUCCGUGGCCCGCCAUGGUCUCGGACGUCGCGAUGAAGUUGAUCAGCGCGGCCAUGAUCUUCGCGGUCGCCCUCAUCGGUUCGGCGCUCAGUCGCAUCACCAGCAACCUGGCGCCCAAGGUGGUCCGAGUGAUCAAUGCUGGCGCGGGUGGUAUUUUGCUGGCCGUGACGCUGGUGCACAUGUUGAGUGACAACUCUGGGGAGUUGGACACCGCAGGCACGUCCAUCUUCAAGUUCUUCACAGGCACCGAGGACGGUUCCUUUCCUUUGGGCUUUGCUUUAUACGGCCUGGGCUUUCUGGCAAAUGUGAGUGUGGCCGUCUUCUGGCCAGAUAAAUCAGAGGAGUUCGAGGACCAGGAGCAUGGCUUUCUUUCGACUUGGGAAGAUGACAGCAGCUUUGAUUCGGGCAGCCCUGGGCCAGACACAAUGGAGGUGAGCCAUCAACAGUCUUGUGCCAGUGGCCUAUCUGCCUUGUUUGGCUUGUGUUUGCACUCGCUGGUGGCUGGAACUGCUGCCGGUGCUGCUGAAGGCAUGGGGUCCUUUGGUCCUACCGUUGUUGCGAUCUUGAUGCACAAGGGCUUCGCCGCCUUCUCCGUGGGAUCCUUGAUGAUGCCGAGUGUUACGACGAGGUGUUGGUGGCUGUCGAUGGUGACUUUGGCCCUGAUGGCUCCUGUGGGCAUCAUCCUGGGAAUGCAACUCAUGCAGGACUUCAGUGGUCCAAUCUCCGCUGGGUUGAUUUGCUUCGCAGCAGGGUGUUUACUUGCAAUCGCCACCUACGACAUGCUGAUGCCUGCUUUACUGUUGGGAAAGGUCACAUGGAGGAGGCGGAGUUUUAUGGUGGCGCUAUUAGGAUUUUGCAUCAUGUCCUUGUUAGCCAUUUGGUCCUAG